GUGAACUGAGAGGAAAGCCCUCACAAUCUUGUCUGGAGAAUUGCUUAGAGGAGUUUUAUCCUGGAUUGUGUGGGUAGAACACAGACACAGAAGCCACGAUGAACGGUCACAUUUCUAAUCAUCCCAGUGGUUUUGGAAUGUACUCAUCUCAAAUGAAUGGCUACGGAUUACCCACUUUUUCCCAAAUGGACAGAGAACACAGUUCAAGUGCAAAGGCCCUUUAUGAACAAAGGAAGAAUUAUGCACGGGACAGUAUCAGCAGUGUGUCGGAUGUAUCCCAGUACCGUGUUGAACACUUGACUACAUUUGUUCUGGAUCGGAAAGAUGCUAUGAUAACUAUUGAUGAUGGAAUAAGGAAGCUGAAAUUGCUUGAUGCCAAGGGCAAAGUAUGGACUCAGGAUAUGAUUCUUCAAGUGGACGACAGAGCUGUGAGCCUGAUUGAUUUAGAAUCAAAGAAUGAACUGGAGAAUUUUCCUUUAAACACAAUCCAGCACUGCCAAGCUGUGAUGCAUUCUUGCAACUAUGAUUCCGUCCUCGCCCUGGUGUGCAAAGAGCCAGCCCAGAACAAGCCAGACCUUCAUCUUUUCCAGUGUGAUGAGAUUAAGGCAAACCUAAUUAGUGAAGAUAUUGAAAGUGCAAUCAGUGACAGUAAAGGAGGGAAACAGAAGAGGCGGCCCGAUGCCCUGAGAAUGAUUGCCAAAGCAGACCCCGGUAUACCACCUCCACCAACAGCUCCUGCCCCCGUUCCCCCUGGGACCAUGACCCAGGUGGAUGUCAGAAGUCGGGUGGCAGCCUGGUCUGCAUGGGCUGCUGACCAAGGAGAUUAUGAGAAGCCAAGGCAGUAUCAUGAGCAGGAAGAAACACCAGAGAUGACAGCAGCCAGGAUUGACAGAGAUGUGCAAAUUUUAAACCAUGUUUUGGAUGACAUUGAAUUUUUUGUCACAAAACUCCAAAAAGCAGCUGAAGCAUUUUCUGAGCUUUCUAAAAGGAAGAAGACUAAGAAAAGCAAAAAGAAAGGACCAGGAGAGGGUGUUUUAACACUGCGGGCAAAACCCCCAGCUCCUGAUGAAUUUUUUGACUGUUUCCAAAAGUUUAAACAUGGAUUUAACCUCCUGGCCAAAUUGAAGUGUCAUAUCCAGAACCCCAGUGCUGCAGAUUUGGUUCACUUUUUGUUCACUCCAUUAAAUAUGGUGGUGCAGGCAUCAGGAGGUCCUGAUCUAGCCAUCUCAGUACUCAGCCCCCUGUUGAAUAAGGAUACAAUUGAUUUCUUAAAUUAUACCGUCAACACUGAUGAACGCCAGUUGUGGAUGUCAUUGGGAGACGCUUGGAUGAAAGCCAGAGCAGAGUGGCCAAAAGAACAGUUUAUUCCACAGUAUGUUCCACGGUUCCGCAGUGGUUGGGAGCCGCCAAUGCUGAACUUCAUGGGGACACCAGUGGAACAAGAUCUUUAUCACCUGGCUGAGUCUGUGGCAAAUGUAGCAGAACAUCAGCGCAAACAAGAAAUGAAAAGAUUAUCCACGGAGCAAUCCAGUGCAUCAGAGUAUUCUCCAGCUGAUGGAUGCACAUUCAACACUGUUUACACAAGAGGGCCCCAUCUGGACCAAGGCGAAGCCGCUGUUGCUGUUAAGCCAAUUCCUAAUCGCCAUGUAGAUAGAAAUUAUGACCCACUCAAAACAGAACCCAAGAAAUAUGCCAAAUCCAAGUAUGACUUUCGGGCAAGGAACAAUAGUGAGCUCUCCGUUCUAAAAGAUGAUAUUUUAGAGAUCCUUGACGAUAGGAAGCAAUGGUGGAAAGUUCGAAAUGCAAGUGGAGACUGUGGAUUUGUGCCAAAUAACAUUUUGGAUAUUGUGAGAACUCCAGACUCUGGAUUAGGGCGUGCUGAUCCACCUUACACACAUACCAUACAGAAACAAAAGACCGAGUAUGGUCCGAGACCAAAUGAUACUCCCUCCGCUCCAUCACCUCCUCCAACACCAGCUCCAGUUCCUGUCCCCCUUCCACCUUCUGCUCCAGCACCUGUUCCUGUGUCCAAGUUUCCGGCAAAUGUAACCCGUCAGAACAGCAGCUCCAGUGACAGUAGCAGCAGCAUUAUACGGGAUAACCAGAGACACAAACAACUUCCUGUGGACCGAAGGAAAUCCCAGAUGGAGGAAGUGCAAGAUGAGCUCAUCCACAGACUGACCAUUGGUCGGAGCAGUGCUCAGAAGAAGUUCCAUGUGCCACGGCAGAAUGUGCCAGUUGUUAACAUCACUUACGACUCCACGCCAGAGGACGUGAAGACGUGGUUACAGUCGAAGGGAUUCAAUCCUGUGACUGUCAGUAGUCUUGGAGUAUUAAAUGGUGCACAACUUUUCUCUCUCAGUAAAGAUGAACUGAGGACAGUCUGCCCUGAAGGGGCCAGAGUCUUUAGCCAAAUCACUGUACAAAAAGCUGCAUUAGAGGAUAACAGUGGCAGCUCCGAGUUGCAAGAAAUUAUGCGAAGACGGCAGGAAAAAAUCAGUGCUGCUGCCAGUGAUUCAGGAGUGGAGUCUUUUGACGAGGGAAGCAGUCACUAAUUUGUUUAUUUGUUUGUUAUUAAACUCCAUUAUUCCUGGCAUUAUUCCAGUGUGCUUUGUUUUAAGAAGCCAUGAAGGGAGUGUCAUAUUUUUAUUUUUCGGUACAGUUCAUUUAUCGCCAUAAAGAAACAAUGCAAACCUCAGUAAGCAGAGAACUUGCUUCUGGGCCCAUUAUUUUUUAUUACAACUGAAAACUUUUAAACUGAAUUUUUUGCCCUUGAGAAAUAUUUUGCCUACUUCACCAAGGUGAGGUUUUAUUGGAUUAACUAUUUCAUCCACAUCUGUGUAUAAUCAGGAAUUUUUUGACAGCGAUGAGUUUAUUUAUUGCAGCAAAGCAAAGAUAUUGCCCAUGAUUUAAAAUCUAAGCGAUUUCAGUUGGAGCUGUCAUACCGUGUCUGUCAUUUCAAGUGUAGCUCACUUUAGGCUAGCCUCUUCUUUCUCAGGUCUCUUCCCUGACAUGCUCAGUGAUAGAAUAUUUAGAUUUAUGUAAAGUUCUUCAUGCCAACAAUUAAAAACAUUAAAACAUUUGAAUGAACUGUUAAGUACGAGACCUUGAACAGACAAAUAGAAACCUAUGGAGCAUUCCCCAGACAUCUGAUUUAUCAUGGCUCUGUUGAUUGUAAUUCCUUGUAUAGCUUGUAUUUUGAUUUUGUUUAUAUUCUGCUUAUUAUGUAUACUGUGUUCUUAUACAUGAGAAAGCACAAGUGGAAAAGAGGUCAUACUCACUCAAAAUCUGUCCAAGAAAGUAGCCUGCAUCGAUGUGCGUUCCAGUAUUUUGCUUAGCGAAGGCCUCAGUUCUGAAUAUUGAUAUAAACCGUUAAAAAGAAAUUGGAGUCAUUCUAUGUGUUUAUCUGUGUCAAGUUUUUCUUGUAAUAAGAAGCACUUAAUUUUCACCUAUUUUAAUCCUGUGAAAGAUUCUAGAUAGAGAAAAGAAAGAUACCUGUCAACAAAUGUUAUUUUUGGAAACACGAUUUUUGUCAUUAAAUGUUGUAUUAUUUCACAUAUAUAAAGCAGAUGUUAUGUAAGAAUGUUGUAUAUUUUAACAUAAAUCCAUUUAGGGAGAUUGCCUAGAUUCAUUAAUUUUCAUAGUGCCUUUUUCACAUGAGUCAGCUGGAAGGUCUGCAAUAAACAGUAUUUGCUGUAUGUUAAUAAGUGGUUUCUGUCUCUUU